AUGAGCACCUUGGCCGUGGUACUCCUGGGGCUUGCUCUGGAGUUUGGGGCCAUUACUGCUAAGCCAGAGGAUGGCAGCUUUUGCUCUAAGAGCCAAGUGGCUUUCAGAGAUGCUUGCUAUGAAUUUGUGUCUCUCAGCCGCACCUUCUAUGGUGCCCAGCGCUGGUGCGAGGGGCAAGGAGGUCAUCUGGUCUUCAUUCGUGAUGAAGCCACCCAGCAAUUUCUGCAGAAGCACCUCUCCCAGGACAGGGCAUGGUGGAUUGGACUCACAGGGAACUCAGCUCAGAAUGGAACCGCGGAAGGGCCCAGGAUCUGGAUGGACGCCUCAGGUGUGAGCUACAGCCACUGGCGCCGAGGGCAGGAUGCUUCUGCACCCAAAGCCUGCAGCUACAUCGGGAGAGACCCUUCCUUUAGGUGGGUGGCUUCGGACAACUGCACGCAGGAGUUCGCCUUCAUCUGCGAGUUUGGUGUCGGCCAGAGUCUGGCCUGCGAGGGCCUCAAUGCCACCAUGCACUGUGGCUCCGGGGAGGUCAUCCAGAUCCAGGACGCUUUCUAUGGGCGCCAGACACCCCAUUACUGCAUCCAGGAUGCCAGGCACCCCUCAGACCUGGAGGAGGAAUGCAGCUGGGUCAGCGUCAAGGAUGAAGUGGCAGGCCAGUGCCAGGGGCUGCAGGCCUGCCAGGUGGCAGCAGAUGGGACCUACUUUGGAGACCUGUGCCCCGGCCGGGGCAGCUACCUGUGGGUGCAGUACCUGUGCCGGGAAGGCCUGCAGUUGAUGGUGUCCAAUGAGAGUUUCAUCUUUGACAAUGUCACCAUCUCCCUUACAUGGCUCCUCUCUCCCUACAUCGGAAAUCUGUCGUGUAUAAUUAAUACGGGAGAUGGCCACGUUUUCGAUCCCUACUACCCACCCAGUCUGUCCAGCAGGGUGACCCACCAAUUCACAGCCCCUGGGGAUUUCACCGUGUUUGCUGAGUGUUCAACCAGCGAGUGGCAUGUGAUGGCUCAGAAGCAAGUGAUGAUUCAAGACAACAUGGAGAGGCUCCGUGUGACUGGGUGCUCUGGCCUGACCACGUCAGGAGCCAGCCCUCUCUGCCGGGCAGUCUUUGGAGACCCUCUGUGGAUUCAGGUGGAGCUUGACGGAGGAACAGGGGUGACUUACACUGUGCUGCUAGGUAACACAACCCUGGCUGAGUUCACCACGCAGAGGGGCCUGCUCCCCUACAAUCUGACCCUGGACAGAGGAGUCCAGCGCCGAGUGGGCCCAGGGAUGCACCACCUGGAGAUCCGAGCCACCAGCGACACCACCAACUCCGCCCCCUCCAGGAACAUCACCGUCUACUUUGUGGAGACUCUGUCGGGGCUGCAGGCCUCCUGGGCUUCUGACCACUUGGAGCUUGGACAGGACCUACCAGUCAACGUCUCAGUGGCUCACGGCAUCCCAGAGAGUUUGACUUUUGAGGUGGCAGGACUCAAUACAACCUUCUCCUAUGAGAAAGAGAACCUCAGAGGGUCAUUUGGGACUUACCAUGUGGCGGUUCCUCUUGAAGGCACCUUUCUGGUCACUGUAGUGGUGAGGGAUGCCUUCUCAAACUUGAGUUUGGAAAUUGGAAGCAUCACUGUCACAGCUCCUUCCAGUCUCCAAGAACCACCUGGAACAAAGGUCCAGAGAAAGAAUAGAGACAAAGGGAACGUGGAGCUGCACGUGGAACCUGGUCAGUACUUGGAUCCUUUCACCACAGUGACCCUGGGCUGGCCGGAUAGGGAUAAGGACUUACGCUUCCAGUGGGCAUGUGGGCGCUGCUGGGCCCAGUGGAGUGACUGUGUUGAGAGGGAGCUGCUCCGCACAGACCAGAGGGAGCUGGUGGUUCCACCGUCCUGCCUGCCGCCCUCGGACUCUGCUGUUACCCUGCGCCUGACAGUCUGGAGAGGCCCGGAGCUGGAGAACCUGGGGGAGCAGUGCCUCUAUGUGUCCGCCCCCUUGGAACUCAGGCCGCGAAUCAGCUGUGAGGAGAACUGUGGGCCAGUGGACGCCAGCAGGGACGUUAUGCUGAAGGUCACCAUGGGGGACAGGUCUGCAGCAGCCAUGUUCAGCUGGUAUUUGGAUGACACCCCACUGGCGAAGGCCGAGCCUCUCCCUGAAGCCUGCAGACUCCCAGGAUUCUGGCCGCGUUCUUCAGUCCUCCUUCAGAGCAACACCUCCACUCUGCUGCUCAACAGCUCCUUCCUGAGGAUCUGCGACCAGGCCGCCCGGAUCAGGGUCACAGCAGUGGCCGGGUGUGCCUACGGGGAGGACACCUAUGUGGUCAGCUCCCUGCCUUCCCUGGAGGUGCCCACCUGCACCAUUGCCCCAGAGGAGGGGACCAUCCUGACGAGCUUCGCCAUCUUCUGCAGUGUCUCGACUGCCCUGGGCCCCCUGGAGCACUGCUUCUGCUUGGAGUCAGGUUCCUGUCUAUACUGUGGCCCUGAACCUGCCCUCCCAUCAGUUUACCUGCCGCUUGGAAAAGAAAACAAUGACUUCAUGUUGACAGUGGUCAUUUCUGUCUCCAAUCACAUGGGGAGCAGACAGCAGACCCAGGCAGUGGUUAAGGUGGGACUUGGACACACCUGUGUGGAGGAGGAAGCAUUCCAGGCCGUGGUGUGGGACAAUGUCACCGCCAUUCUGCAGGGUGGGCGUGACCCUGAGCAGCUCUUCCAGCUGGCCAGGGCCGUGUCAUCCGUACUGGACCAGGGUCCGGGCUCCAGGCAGCUGCCGAGAGUGGACACCAGACAGAAGGUCAGAGAGCACAUCUUGGGGUCACUGUCUGUGGUCAAUGCCACCAUGGGGGACAUGCAGAGGGUGCGGGGGCUGGCUGAGGUGCUGAAAGAGGUGACCCAGCGCAGUGAGGAGCUCACGCCCUUGGCCCAGCGGGAGGCCGGCAGGGCUCUGCAGCAUGCCAGUGAGGGCCUGCUGGCAAUGAGUGCCAAGGCCCACCCUGAGGACUGGAGGCGCCAGGCGGCCACCAGGGACCUGCUCCAGGCUGUGGGCAAUGUGCUGGAAGCUUCCCUGAGGGACCGGUCUGAAGAGCCUGCACAGGCCAACGGCAGCCAGAUGGCCACAGUGUCUCGACUGCUGGAAGCUGCAGAGCAUGUGCAGGCCGCCCUCCUGCUGGGGAGACUGCCCGGGGGCCUUCCAGCCAUGGUGACAACCUCCUCCAUCUCUGUGUACACAAACAGAAUACAGCCCUGGAGUUGGCGAGGCUCCUCCGUGCAUGUUGCUGCAGCCAGCUCUGCGACCUUCACCCUGCCCACUGCCCCCCUUGGCUCCAUGGAGGACUAUCGGGAGCCUGUGGACAUAAGGAUGAUGAGCUUCCCCAAGAGCCCCUUUCCAGCCCGAGGUCACUUUGAUGUCAGCGGAACUGUGGGUGGCCUCUCUCUGACCAGUCCUAGUGGACAGCUCAUCCCUGUGAAGAAUCUGUCAGAGUAUAUCGAGAUCCUGCUGCCUCGGCUUUCAGAAGGACACGGUGAGCCAACUGUGCUGAACCUGAGCAGACCUGAAGCCCUGUGGGUGAACCUGACAUCAGGCAGCGCGGCUUUGGGGAUCCAGCUGCACUGGAGACCUGACGCCCCACUCACGCUCAGCCUGGGUUAUGGCUACCACCCCAAUGAGACCAGCUACGAUGCCCAGGCUCACCUCCCGCCAACAGCUGCUUCAGAUGAGCUGUCCACGUGGAUCCUGAGCCCAGAGGACCUGCCUUUUGGAGAAGGCGUCUACUAUCUGACUGUUAUCCCCGAGUCUGACCUGGAGCCAACACCAGGCAGGGACCUUACAGUCGGCAUCACCACCUUCCUGUCCCAUUGUGUCUUCUGGGAUGAGGUCCAGGGCACUUGGGACAACUCCGGGUGCCAGGUGGGGCCGCAGACCACCCUCUCGCAGACCCACUGCCUUUGCAACCACCUCACCUUCUUUGGGAGCACGCUCCUGGUGAUGCCCAAUGCCGUGGACGUCCGCCAGACUGCUGAGCUCUUUGCCACCUUUGCGGACAACCCUGUGGUUGUGACCACUGUGAGCUGCCUCUGCGUGGCCUACCUCCUGGUGCUGAUCUGGGCGAGGAGGAAGGAUGUUCAGGAUCAAGCCAAGGUAAAGGUCACAGCGCUGGAGGACAACGACCCCUUGGCUCAGUACCACUACCUGGUGACAAUCUACACUGGACACCGGAGGGGGGCAGCCACCUCCUCAAAGGUGACUGUCACCCUAUAUGGCCUGGAUGGAGAGAGUGAGCCCCACCACCUGUUGGACCCCGACAUCCCAGUUUUUGAGCGAGGGGGAGUGGAUGUCUUCUUGCUUUCCACCCUGUUUCCCCUGGGGGAGCUGAGGAGCCUGCGACUAUGGCAUGACAACUCAGGGGACCAGCCAUCCUGGUAUGUAAGCCGGGUGCUGGUGCAUGACCUGGCAAUGGACCGGAAGUGGUACUUCCUCUGCAACUCAUGGCUAUCCAUCGACGUCGGAGACUGUGUCCUUGACAAGGUAUUUCCGGUGGCCACAGAGGAGGACAGGAAACAAUUCAGCCACCUGUUUUUCAUGAAGACCUCCACAGGCUUCAAGGAUGGCCACAUUUGGUGCUCCAUCUUCAGCAGCUCAGCUUGGAGCAACUUCACACGUGUCCAGAGGGUGUCCUGCUGCUUCUCACUGCUCCUCUGCACCAUGCUGACCAGCAUCAUGUUCUGGGGUGUCCCCAAGGACCCAGCUGAGCAAAAGAUGGACUUGGGUCAAAUCGAGUUCACUUGGCAGGAAGUGAUGAUUGGGCUGGAGAGCUCACUCCUCAUGUUCCCCAUCAACCUCCUGAUCGUUCAGAUCUUUCGGAAUACCCGUCCUCGGGUGGCCAAGGAGCAGAACGCUGGGAAAUGGGACGGGCGGCACCUCAGCCUGGCGCCCUCACCACAGCCCAUGGAGGAUGGCCUUCUGACGCCUGAAGCAGUGACCAAGGAUUUGUGGAGACUUGUCAGCUCCCUAUUCAAAGCUCUGAAGGUGCCACCCCCUCUCUUGGGCUGGGACUCCAUGAACUCAAUGAACAUCAACCAACUGCUGGCCUUGAUGGAAGAUGUCAUCUGUCAACACAACAAAGCAGGACAGGUCUUCUCGGAGGAAGUCAGCCAGACAGGGGCCCCUUUAACACUCACUCUUGGAUCAGUACAAGUAAAAGAAGACAUGCAACGCCCCAGGCCCACGGAGGGCCCAAGUGAUGCCUGGAAGAACAGUGCCUUCCGGCAGUGUCUCUACCUUCAGUUGGAGCACCUGGAGCAAGAGCUGCUGCUCCUGGAGCCCCAGGGCUCCUCCCAGGGUCAGAGCCACACCAGGGCACUAGGGCAGCUACAGACCCUGAAGGGCUGUCUGGUGGCACAGGCUGGAACCCUGCCCCCAGCACACUCCAGGUCCUUGCAGGCAAGCAAGCUCCCUCGAGGCCUGCCCUGGUGGUGUGUCCUGGUGGGCUGGCUCCUGGUGGCAGUCACAAGUGGGGUGGCAGCCUUCUUCACCAUGCUCUACGGCUUGCACUACGGGUGGACUAGCUCCCUCAAGUGGCUCAUCUCCAUGGCCAUCUCCUUCGUGGAGAGCGUGUUUGUCACCCAGCCACUGAAGGUGCUGGGGUUCGCAGCUUUCUUUGCGCUGGUGUUGAAGCGAGUGGAGGACGAGGAGGAGCCUGUGGUCCCCCUCCUGGGACAUCUCUCUGGCCCAGACCCCUCUGCCUUGUUCCGAGCACGAAGAAACAGCAGAAAGGAUAUCUACCAGCCACCUUUGGCCUCUGACAUUGAGAAGAUGAAAACCAUGCACCUCAAGGAGCAGAAAGCGUUUGCCUUAAUCAGAGAAAUCUUGGCGUACCUGGGCUUUCUGUGGAUGCUGCUGCUGGUUGCCUAUGGGCAGAGGGACCCCAGCGCCUAUCACUUCAACAGACACCUCGAGCACAGCUUCACCCAAGGCUUUUCAACUGUGCUGAGCUUCCAACAGUUCUUCACAUGGGCCAACACCACCCUCGUGAGCAACCUGUACAGUCAUUAUCCAGGCUUUGUCACUGAUGGGAACGCCAAGCUGGUUGGUAGCGCCCAGAUUCGCCAAGUGAGGGUCCAGGAGAGCUCCUGCCUUCUUGGCCUGCAGCUGCAGGCUUUUCUUGACAGGUGCCGUGCACCAUAUUCCCUGGAUGUGGAAGACCUGUCAGACUAUGGGGAAGGUUGGAAUGCCUCCGUCCUCAACAACAGCAAUGACUUCUCCCAGGCUUGGCGGUACCAGAGCCAGAGCCAGCGCCGAGGGUAUCCCCUCUGGGGCAAACUCACCAUGUACCGGGGAGGAGGUUACGUGGUCCCCUUGGGGACUGAUCGCCAAAGUGCAUCAAGAAUCCUCCAGUAUCUCUUUGACAACACCUGGCUGGACAGCUUGACCAGAGCCGUGUUUGUGGAGUUCACGGUCUACAACGCUAACGUCAACCUGUUCUGCAUUGUCACUCUGACCCUGGAGACCAGCGCCCUUGGAACCUUCUUUGCACAUGCGCACCUGCAGAGCCUGCACCUGUACCCCUUUACUGACGGCUGGCACCCCUUCGUGGUGGCCGCAGAGAUCGUCUACUUCCUGUUCCUCCUCUACUACAUGGUUGUGCAGGGCGAGCUCCUGAGGAAGCAAAAGUGGUGCUAUUUCCACAGCAAGUGGAACAUUCUGGAGCUGGCCAUCAUCCUGGCCAGCUGGAGUGCCCUGGCGGUGUUUGUGAAGAGGGCCGUCCUGGUGGAGCGUGACCUCCAGCGCUACCGAAAACACGGGGAAGAAGGGGUCAGCUUCAGCGAGACUGCAGCAGCCGAUGCUGCCCUUGGCUACAUCCUCGCCUUCCUGGUACUCCUAUCCACAGUGAAGCUUUGGCAUCUGUUCAGGCUGAACCCCAAAAUGAACAUGAUCACGUCAGCUCUGCAUCGUGCCUGGGGGGACAUUUCAGGCUUUAUCGUUGUCAUCCUUAUCAUGCUCCUGGCUUACUCCAUUGCAUCAAACUUAAUCUUUGGUUGGAAACUCCGUUCCUACAAAACCCUCUUUGAUGCGGCAGAAACAAUGAUCAGCCUUCAGCUGGGAAUCUUCAACUACGAGGAGGUCCUGGACUACAGCCCAGUGCUCGGCUCCUUACUAAUUGGGUCCUGCAUCGUUUUCGUGACAUUUGUGGUGCUGAAUCUGUUUAUCUCUGUCAUCCUGGUGGCGUUCAAUGAAGAGCAAAAAUAUUAUCAGCUGUCGGAGGACAGAGAGAUCGUCAAUUUGCUACUGAUCAAGACACUCAGUUUUCUGGGCGUUAAAUGCAAAAGGCAGGAGCCUGGAAGCAGCAGUGAGCAGCCUGAGUUGUUGUUUGAGGUCUGGCACCCUCAACCUGUUUCAACUGUGCCCCCAAUUUAAGCUGUUGGUCCAGGCAUGAUCUGUA